UUAAUGGAUUCUAAUUUAUAUGUAAAAUUAUCUCCUUAAGGUACAUAAAAACAUAAGGAACUGGAAUAAUAAUGUUUGAAGAAGUUUAUAUAUUGGGUAGCUGUAGCAAAUAUUUCAGGUGCACUUGGAGGUUAACUUAUGAUGUAUAUCCCAAUGUCAAGCAGAUAAAAAUAAAUGAGGUAAUUUUAGAACGAUAAUUUUAUUUUUAGAUUUAGAAAUGGUAUUUUUUUAACAACUGCUUUAAUGUUGAGUUAUCAUGGCUAUAAAUUAUCAAAAAGAGAUUUAAGAAUUGGAUAAAAAGAGAUUAUUCAAAAUAAAGAUUAUGUAUUAUCACCAUCUUGAGAUAUUCUUUAU